GGGAACUGGUCCUCCCGGAAGUGACCUCACUGCCUCCUAGCGCGGAGCCCUAUCCUACCGGAAGUAGCGGGCGGAGGCCCGUGGAUUACGCGCUGCGGAGGGCGAGGCGCCGCCGCAACCAUGGGCCGCGCGUUUGGGAAUCUGAUGAGGGUGCGGCAUGUGAUCACCUACAGCUUGUCGCCGUUCGAGCAGCGCGCCUUUCCGCACUACUUCAGCAAGGGCAUCCCCAACAUGCUGCGCCGCACUCGGGCGUGCAUCCUUCGCGUCGCGCCGCCAUUUGUAGUGUUUUAUCUUGUCUACACAUGGGGAACACAAGAGUUUGAGAAAUCCAAGAGGAAGAAUCCAGCUGCCUAUGAAAAUGACAAAUGAGCAACUCAUCUGGAUAAUGGUUCCUUGUCUCUGAAAGACCCUUCUCUGGGAGAGAUGUCUACAUUGUAGUGUCUUGAAGACACAAUAAACUUAUUAUAGGCUG